ACCCCAGGAGCGGUUCCGGGGCAGCUCUCGGCGGGCGGGCUGCUCCGGGGCGCUGUCCUGUGUCACUGACGCUUCCUCAGCGGGCGAUUCGAAGGCGUUUUGAAAAGCGGGGCCGCUGCCUCUCCCUCGGCGGGCGGGCGGGACACGAUGGCGCUGUGCUCGGAUCUGGAGUCGUCGUUGGAGUCGGGCGGCCGCCGGGCCGAGCACCAGCAGGAGCAGCGAGAGCUGCAGGCGGACGCAGCCCACAUGCCCAUGGUGUUUUUGUGCGGCGGCUGCAGGCGGCCCGUGGGCGACACCACGAGCUGGGAGUUCAAUGACGAGGAGAGCGGCUGCAUCGUGCUGCGCAGUGCCUGCGUCACCGUGGAUCCGGAGUGGAAGCUCUCUACGCUCCCCGGUGACUACGGAUGCAUCAUAGAAUCCUUAUUCUGCUCUGGCUGCUCAAUGAAACUUGGCUGCAUCUACAGGUGUACCCCAAGGCAUCUUGACUACAAGAGAGAUUUGUUCUGUUUCAGUGUUGACUCUCUUGAAAGCUAUAUUCUAGGAACUGCAGAAAAGCAAGCUGUUAUUCAUGAGGAACCCCUUACUCUUGAAAGUCGAGCUGUCUUCGAAGAGAACCUGCAAAAGAUAAAUGUGGUAGUCAGAGCUCUGGAGACAAAACUGGACACUGUGGAGUCGCGUUUGGCUGCUUUGUACAGCCCAAUCUGAAAGGAAAUGCAGGUUGAGCUGCAGGACAAUGGCCAAGGAAACAGAUGAAGCUUGAAGAAGCUUGAAGGAAUUUGAACAUGUGAAAACAAGCUGUUCUCUCUUCUCCAGAGCAAGGUGUUUGAUAUUAGUUGGCAAUAAAGGUUCUGUGUUUUCUCCU